AUGGUCAAGAAGAGAAAGAACAACGGACGCAACAAGAAGGGCCGUGGCCACGUCAAGCCCAUCCGCUGCAGCAACUGCUCGCGAUGCACGCCCAAGGAUAAGGCGAUCAAGCGCUUCACCAUCCGCAACAUGGUCGAGUCUGCUGCCAUCCGUGAUAUCUCUGACGCCUCCGUCUUCGCGGAGUACACCGUACCCAAGAUGUACCUGAAGCUGCAGUACUGUGUCUCUUGCGCCAUUCACGGCAAGAUUGUCCGGUACGUUCGUCCGCGGGAGCGACGACUGCAACCCGUCGGUCUGGUUCACACCACGACCGCGGCGCGCAGGCGCUACAGAAGAACCUUGGCGCUACUCGAAGCUCCCAUAUCCCCCGUGCCCUGCACCUCGGCGACGCGGUCCUUCCCCUCUUGCGGGAGUGUCCGUUCCGUCGUGGGCCGCCGCAACCGCGCUCCCCCUCCCCGCGUCCGCUACAACAAGGAUGGCAAGAAGAUCGUCCCCAACACCCCCAAGGCCUAA